UUUUUUUGUAGUUGUCGCUGUCAGUGUUAGUGCUGUCAGUGUCAGAUCAGGAUUUGUGGUUGUCAUCGAUGAUUUGGUAUUUGUAUUAGGAAAAAUUCUUUAAUCAUAUUUAAUAAUCGAGUGCAUACAGAUACAAAAAGAUCAUCCUAUCCUGGAAAUUUAAAUCUUGAAUCGUGGUAGAAUUUCAGAAUGAUGGCAGAAGCGGACAGUACAACGGACGCGACUCGAAGAUUGAACGUGAAGAAACAAACCUUGGACGACGCUUAUGCAGCUCCGGCAAAUUUUCUAGAAAUUGACGUUGUAAACCCUGUUACAACCAUUGGGGUAGGAAAGAAACGAUUUACAGACUACGAAGUGAAAAUGAGGACUAAUCUGCCGGUAUUUAAAGUAAAAGAGUCAAGUGUCAGACGAAGAUACAGCGAUUUCGAGUGGCUACGUAAUGAAUUAGAGCGAGACAGUAAAAUUGUAGUUCCUCCACUACCUGGCAAAGCAUGGAAACGUCAGCUGCCUUUCAGAGGAGAUGACGGUAUUUUUGAAGAGGAUUUCAUUGAAGAUAGGCGGAAAGGAUUAGAGGUUUUCAUUAAUAAAAUUGCCGGACACCCUUUGGCACAGAAUGAGCGAUGUUUGCACAUGUUUCUGCAGGAAUCACAGAUUGAUAAGAACUAUGUACCAGGAAAAAUUCGCAAUACAUAAGAGGGAAAUAGGUCAUCAUAGCAUCUUCCUUCAUGGCCCCCGUAUCGAGUGGUGACUUGAUUUUAAAUGAGACUGUAUGUACAGUUCUCAUCAAAACAGUGCGAACAUUUUCCAUAAGUUUGUGUAUUCAUACUAUCGUUAGAUAACUUAGAGGUUAUUGUAAAUUGAAAUAUUUCUUCAAACAAGAAAGUUGAUAAAACUGGAGGCUAAUUUCUGUGAUAAUCUAAAAAACGUAGAUGUAACUACAAAAAAAUUACUAUUCUACCUGUGGGUCAUAGAAGCUUCAACUUGCGUCCGUGGUAUGUGAGGUAUUCAAAAUUAUGCUGAAGGACUUGUGGUGAAAAUGUUGAAUUAAUUCGUAAAUUAAAUUCGAAAUUUAAUAUUACAGCAGAUUUCAGCGAAGCAAAAAUACUGAUUCUCGUUUGGAUGUAUACACAAACAUUCUUAUCUUCGUGCUAAAUUAGCGAUAAUUGUAAGCUUUUUCUUGAACCUCAAUUUGUAACAAAUUUCGAGUCGUUAAGUGCAUCGAAAAGUUCAUUCCAUUUUACAUAACUGAAGGCCUUUUCAAUAUUCAGCAUUGUAUCCAGAUUGAUUACUUUUUGUAUAUGCAUAGUGUACGUACAUUUUUUCAUGCUAUCAAUAAUGUAAGUUCCCUCUGUUCUUUCAUUAUUUUUAUAUUUGCUGGUUUCACUGUUUAGGUAUUUUCCCGAAAAACUAAAUAGAAAGUAGAGAACAAAGAUAUUUAUAUGAAAGAUCUUGAUUAAAAUUAUUUUUUUAUGUGGGUAGCGUAAUCUGAAACAAAUUUUUUAAUAAAGUUUCACUAGUUAUGUAGCUAUCAAUUUAUUGCUACAAGGUUAAGCUGUUUCCAAAUUGAUAUUUUUGAUCUGAUUUUAGUGUAAAUCAUUUGGGAUAUACAGUGUUUCAGAAAGAAGUGACAAGAUUCCAGGGGUAGAAAAUACAUCCAAAAAUAACAAAAAAAGUUCCUAUAAAUAUGGGUCCAAGGUUGCUCCCCUACCGAGAUACGGGGUGAUGAAGUUUUAUUUACGAAAUUAGAAAAAUAUAUAUCUACGGAGCGGGUAACAGCAUCUACGCUACAGAUUGAGAAUAAGUCACGCAUAUUAUUCAAUUAGUGUUGUAAUGAGGUGCCAUAGCUUUCUUCACAUGCCGUAUAGUGUUUACAAUAUCAAGCUUCACAGUGUUUUCAGAAUAGGGGAGGCUAAGCCUUUUUAUAAGAAUAUUGUAUUUUACCUCGAAUAUUCAUACCAAAAAAUCUCCAAAUCGAGUGAUCUGGCAAAAAUUUCUCGAGAAACAAAAUUUGUGGAAAAUUGAAUGGCAUUUUAUAAAAUGCACUUCUUUUCUCCGAAAAGGCCAAUGGCGUCGAACCAGUGGCCUAGAAAAUACUUCUUAUUAGAGGUUGACUGGACCCCAGUUUCUACGUCUGUUUUAGUUUGGGCCGGGAAACUCUGGGUGUUCACUGAACGUCUAAAAUCCUAACUCAGUAUCUUUACCCGCUCCAUAGAUAUAUGUUUGUAAAAUUUCUUAAAUAAGACGUCAUCACCUGUAUGGGAGCAUCUUUGAACCCAUAUUUAUAGGACCUUUUUUUAUUACUUUUGGAUGUACUUUCUACCCUAGAGAUAUUGGCACAUCUUCCUGAAACACCCUGUAUAUCCAAUAAUAUUUUAGCUCAUGCAUUUUUAGAUUAUCAUAGUUGAAUAAAUUGUCUAUGAUUUAAAUGUAUACUAUGAAAUUUUUUUUAUUGCUAUACCUAUGAAGACAAAGUUCAAUGGGUCUUUCCUGGUUGAUUUAGUGGAAUUGUAAAGAAAAUUUUGAAGGGUGGGUUGAAUAUUUCAUGUUUUACCAUAUAUGUUGUGUAUGUGGACAGAGGUAGAACAAAAUCGGUCUAAUCAUAUUAGACGAGAAUGCCCCUGGCUUGCGAAUUGAUUGUGAAGUCUGGUUUUAUUACUGCAAGUUGUUCAAGGGCAUAAAAUAGGUACACCAAUUUUCGUGGGAAAACUAUUCGACAACAAAGAAUGAGAAAACGUGUUUUUUGUGAUUCAAUCUAAAGUGUUGGCAGAAACGAGAAAACUCUUCAUCUAAGAUUUUUAGGUAUUUAUGAGAUCUACAAAAUCAGACCACACGUAAAAAGAUCCGUUAUUGCCGAAAACCGAGGCAAACUGCAGGUUUUGGCACUUGGUAAUGCGACGAUGGUUUCUCGCAGAUAUUUUAAAUUCAUCAAAUUCGUUGGAUUCGUACUUUUAAAUAACCACAACAAAAUUGGAGUAGACUGGUCAAGUAGUUUUUGAGAAUGUCUAAUUGUUUAUCCCAAAACACCUGUUUUCCGGCCAUCACUACUAGUUUAUUGAGCAAUAUACAGGGUUAGUUCAAAGGCAUUUUAUAGCAAACCAUUCCGUAAGAUGAAUGUUAUUUUUAUGCAUAAAACGAUGAUUUACGUUUUUUCUUCUAAACAAAUUCAAACAUUUCGUAUUUGUGAGUAAUUCGCAACAAAAGAUGAUAGACACAUUCGCUUUGUCUUAAAAUGUGUAUAGUAACGUGUUUUUCGAAUAUCGUAGCGCAUUUGUUCAAUCACUCACAAAUACGAAAUGUUUGGAUUUGCUUAGAAGAAAACGCAACCUUUGUUUUUCGCAUAAAAAUACCAUUUAUCCUUCGGAACAAUGGUCUUUUAAUGAACCCUGUAUAUGGCUCAAUAAACUAGUAGUGAUGGCCGGAAAACAGGUGUUUUGGGAAAACAAUUGAAAAUUCUCAAAAAACUACUUGACCAAAAUGCUCUAAUUUUGUUGUUGUUAUUCAGAAGUAUGAAUCCUACGGAUUUGAAGAAUUUCAAGUAGUUGCGUGAAAUUAUGGUCGCAUUACCAAGUGCCAAAACCUCGUAAAAAUCUUAUAUGAAAAGCUUUUUUUGUUCCUGUCAACACUUUCGAUUGAAUCCCAAAAAAACACGUUUUCUCAUUCUUUGUUGUCAAAUAAAAAGUUUUCCUACAAAAAUUGGUGUACCCAUUUCAUGCGAUCAUGUUUAAAAAAACCCAUUGAACAACUUGAACCAAUAAAACUGUUUGUACCUCACACAUUUGAUAUAACUAGCUGUGAAGUUGCGAUGGUAAGUACUGAUUAUUCUGUUCUAUCUUGGUUAACAUAUAUGAUUGUUCAUAGCCAUUAAAUAAAUGUGAAGCUUACGUUAUUUCGAGCAGGAAAUGGAUUAGAUAUUUAAAUCUUGGAAGGUUCAUGUGAACGAUGAUUUAUAAAUGGGCAAGUCACUUCUGAUAUCUGGAAAAUAUUAUUUUUUGUUAUUCAAUCUUAUGUUUUAAAAUAAAUAUGUUUGUAUAAUAAUUAGGGUAGUUAUAUAUGUAAAAUAUAGAUAUUGUCAGUUGUAUACUCAAAUACAUUUAUUUACAUGCA